GUGCCAAAAAUAUGGAUUCAGAGUUACUCUGGAAUUAUCAAAGAUCAAGGAGUUGACUGUACGAAGCAUAAGUGCUGUAAUAUCAUAUUAUGGUUCAGGGAACCUCGUCUCCUUAAAAACUCUAAAUAUGCUUGAGUGUAGUGAAAGUGAUUUCCCCAAAAAUGAAUGGAUUCCAUGCAGUGUGUAUACCUUGCAUCUUAAUUCAUGUCAACAUGUGAAGUUCCUUCCAUCGUAUCAAAAUCUGUCCGCACUGAGGUUGCUGAAAAUCUGGCGUUGCAAAGCUUUGACAUGCUUGCCUGGAUUAGAGAUGAUGAAAUCCCUUGAAAACUUAGAGAUAAUAGAGUGUCCUCAAUUCACGAUGUCACCAGAUCACAAUUUGCCAUCCAAGCUUCGUUUAUUGCUCAUAAGCGACUGCCCAGCUCUUUUGUGCUUGCCUGGGCUCCAACAACUUUUCUCCCUUCAAUACCUGAAGUUAUAUGCGUGUUCUGAGCUUAUGCUCCCACCACCGGAACAACUUCCUUUUAUGCUUCAUGUUCAGCUACAGCUUUUUAAUUGUCCAAAGCUGAUAGAUUGGUGUCAAAAAUAUAACCUACGCUAUAACAAUGAGGAAUCAUCCAAAGAACUAUUUGUUAGGAGCAAUGAGCAGAUGAAGUUAUGGCUAGAGGAAGUAUCUGUACUCUUUGAAAACAUAUGUGUUUUGGACUACGAUGGGGCAAUUCUUGAAACAGAAAAAUGGCCUGCUUUUCAACUUGUGGGCAUUUACUUUUGCUCCUGUGUUCAUUUGAAGUCUCUCUCAUUGAUGAAAAACUUCACUAGACUAAAGCAACUGAGGAUAUGGGAUUGCUCCCAUCUCGAAGAGCUUUUUGGGCUAGACAGGGUCGCCACUCUGCAAGACAUAGAUAUAAGCAACUGUCCAAACUUCCAUUUUAUUAGUCGCUUUCCCAAAAGCCUUCAGUCCUUGGCGAUUGAUAGAUGCAACAAGCUCCGCUCUUUGGACUCAAUUGUCCUGAACUCUAUAUCCAUGAUGAGUUGCUGCAUAUGUUGAAUCCCAACAAUGUCGAAAUCAGUGCAUGCCCACAACUACAAAAAUGGUGCCAAAAACAAUCUGUUUCUUACAUAUAGCCGAAAAAAAAAAAACAAAGACAUAGUAACAAUAAGGUGAGAAAGUUAUUACAACUACUUCAUGUUCACUUUGAAUAGUCUGGUUUCUUAAUUUGUCAAACUGUCGUUACUAAUCCAAUUUAAUUAUGAACCAGGAAUCACACAAAGACAUAUUUGUUAGGAGCAGUGAGUAGAUCAAGCUAUG